CGCCGUCAACAAGUUCGGAUUUGAACUGGGGAGAGACAAAAAAGGGCAGAGUCGACCUGGAGCAGACGGUGUAAAAACUACUAUAACGGCUCUUGUCCUUGGGAAAAAAAUCAUUUCCACGGGUAAAGCUUGUCGUGCUGCACACAGGAAGCCACUAUGAGCACCGCCAGAGUGUCGUGUCCGUCCCCGGAGCUGAGAAGAGCUCGGCCCGCCCGGCCGGCUGGAAUGCCUCGCAGCUCGGCUUGCAGGCGACUGUUCGGGCCGGUGGACCACGAAGAGCUGGAACGAGACCUUCGGUCGCAGCUAGCAAAGAUAGAAGAGGACUCCCAACGCAAAUGGAACUUUGACUUCAAAUCUGACUGUCCCUUGGAGGGCAGAUACGAGUGGGAGAGAGUCAGCGGCGUACCGUCGUUCUACAUCGGGCGGGUCAACAUCUCAGUUUCUCCAGCGGCGGCCGCUUCGCACGCCCCCGAGCAGCUGGCCUGCACGGCACGGUCUACUACGGAAGAUUCCCCGGGACUGGUCGGAGAAACGGCCGUAAGAACUGUUGCAAAGAACUCUGCGUGUACCGAGGAACACAGGGAAUCCAGAGUAGACGCGAGAGUAGAGGAUUUGAGUGCAGAAAUCAGCUCGACUGUCUCCGCUGGUUCGGAGAGACCAGGUCCGGGUGCCUCGGGGAAUACACCCGGCUCUACCCCGACCAUGUCCAGGGGUGUCAAGCGUCAAACGAGACUCACAGAUUUCCACGUACAAAGGAAGAGAAAGAGAAGACAGCAGCAAGCAGUGGCCAGCAAAGAAAAUCAGCAGACAAGAUCUGAACCUCUCGCAUCGCGUCCUGCAGUAGUUUGAAUGACUACACACAUCAGAAGAGAAGAGAUGGUCAAGUGGAAUCACCAAACCUUGUUGCUGUAAUACUAGUAGACGUCACGAAAGCAGCUUUAUCAAUCGUGUAUGCAUCCAACAUAUGAUGGGAGACUCGGUCAUAGACACUGUUUUUGUUUCAAGGGCACGUGCGUCAUGUGAUAUCUAAAGCGUGACCCACGCACAACUAGCUGUAGAUUUCUUGCAUGUGAAUCGUGCAUAAUCAGUCGAUUUAUGCAAAUCUCUUGUGUAUGUUUGAUUUAAGGGAAUGUUGCAGUCCCUUGUUAGAGUGUAAGAAAGUGAAUGUGCAAAUAUCGUUGUAUAAUUAUGGCUGUGUGAAUCCCCCCUAGUGGGUGGGUUAAUUUUCUUGUGUCAAAACCGUGUGUCAACAAUCACGAUUCGCACACGACAUGUUACUGUUAUGUACAUAGAAGGGGAAAGUAUGGUGAUCGCAUUUACGCAGGCCAGCCCCAAUACUGCCAAAUCUAUUUGCUUUAUUUUACAUAAUUCCAAACUAUGUAAAGAAAAAUGCACAAGCAAGCACAAUGUUUUCUCUCUGACGAAACUGCGUAGUAUUUAUUUAGAACUCUCUUUACCAAGAGUUGGACAUCAGUGUAUAUACAAAUUUCAUCAAAGAAUUUGUAGUGCUAUCAUGUAUAUAUUUUUGUUAGGAAUGACAAUGCCUACAUUGUAUAGAGACCGAACACUGUGGACAGAAAAAUAAAAACUCAAAAUCAUCGCUGAACUUGA